AUUAAUAAUUUUGCUCUAAUUACUUCUAUCACCAUUUUCUUCCCUCUUUCCACACAGAAAAGAUGGUGCUAGAUCUUCUGGGACGCUUUCCUCUCCUCCUAUUGCUACUGGGACUAUGGGCGCCAGUAGGUCCACUUUAUGCUUGGCCUAAGUAUCUCACCAAGGCUCAUUGGUUUGAAAUUCAGCAUAUACAGCCAAGUCCUCUCCAGUGCAACAGGGCAAUGAGUGGUGUCAACAAUUACACCCAGCACUGUAAGCCUCAAAACACAUUUCUGCAUGACUCUUUCCAGAAUGUGGCUGCUGUCUGUGAUUUGCUCAACAUCAGCUGCAAGAAUGGUCGGAACAACUGCCACCAGAGCUCAAAGCGUGUCAACAUGACUCACUGCCGACUCACUGCAGGGAGGUACCCUAACUGCCACUACAGUGGUGCUGCCCAAUACGAAUUCUUCAUUGUUGCUUGUGACCCCCCUCAGAAGAGUGACCCUCCCUAUCACUUGGUUCCUGUACACUUAGAUAGGAUUGUUUAA